GCCCCAGCUUCCUCUGGGCGGGGCACCCACACCACAAAGUCUUAGGCCAACAGGGCAGUGGCCCCAGAUGCCAGUUUGCCAGCAGGGAGCCUGACGCUAGGAGGAGCCAUGGGAGGUAUCCAGCUUGCUCUGCUGCUCUUCCUGCUGGGCUGGGAGCGAGGCCUCAGCCUGCUGUGCUACACCUGUACGGACAUAGAGACAGCUGGCCUGUGCCAGCCCACCCAAUGUCCCCUGGCUGGCAUCUGCUACAACAGUAAGAUGACAGUCACCUUCAGCAAUGGAAAGGAGGUGAACGCGCAGUACAAGGGCUGUGCCCCCACCUGUAAGGCGGCCAGGGACAUAAUGGGCCACUUCUCAGAGAUUCCCGGGCCAGAGGGCCAGAGCCAGGGCAGUCUGGUGAAGUUUGACGUGCAGGGGGUGACGUGCUGUGAAGGGGACCUGUGUAACGGGGGGGCCCUGCCCGGGCGCAGCCCCUGGGCCCUGGUGGGGGGACUCCUGCUCAGCCUCGGGCCCGCCUGCCUCUGGGCCCUGCUGUGAGUGCCCGGCUGGCAGGGAAAGCAGGGCGCCGUGCGGGGCGCUUCCAUGCCGCCUGUGCUGGGGCAAGUGUGCGGGCUCACCUGCGCAUGCGUACAUCUGCACCCGCACGCCUACACGCACCGGCAUUCACAC